AUGCCUACGAUCAGUGUCGACAAGGCUGAGCUCUUCAAGGCCUUGGGGCAGGAGUAUACCACCGAACAAUUCGAGGAGCUGUGUUUCGACUUUGGGAUUGAGCUGGACGAGGACACCUCAAAUACAGAACGGCCGAUCGUCAAUGGCAAGCAAGAACCCGCGCAGCUCAAGAUCGAGAUCCCCGCCAAUCGAUAUGACAUGCUCUGCUUCGAGGGCAUUGCUCUCAUGCUCAACAUUUUCAGGGGGAAGACGCCGAUGCCAAACUACAGACUGGUAGCACCUCCGAGUGGGAAGAUGGAAACGAUCACUGUGCACCCCGACACAUUGAAGGUGCGGCCGUAUGUCUCCGGGGCAAUCCUGCGAAAUAUCAAGUUCACACAAGAAUCCUAUGAUUCCUUCAUAUCUUUGCAAGACAAGCUACACCAAAACCUUGCCAGGCAACGUACGCUGGUUGCUAUUGGUACGCAUGAUCUGGAUACGAUCAAAGGGCCGUUCACCUACGAGGCUUUACCUCCGAAGGACAUCAACUUCAUACCUCUGAACCAGACGAAGAAGAUGAAUGCGGAGGAGUUGAUGCAGUUCUAUGAGAAUGACAAGCACCUGGGAAGAUAUCUCCACAUCAUUCGCGACAAGCCCGUGUAUCCUGUCAUAUACGAUUCACAGCGCAUUGUCUGUUCGAUGCCCCCUAUUAUAAACGGCGACCACUCGAAAAUCACCCUGAACACCAAGAACGUUUUCAUUGAAAUGACUGGAACCGAUCGCACGAAGCUUGAGAUUGUGAAUAACAUUAUUGUCUCCAUGUUCUCUCAGUAUUGUGCGGAGCCGUUCACAAUCGAGCCGGUCAAGAUCAUUUCAGAGCAUAACAAGGAGACUCGACAAACCCCCGAUUUGACCCCUCGCAAGGCUGAAGCGGAAGUUGACUACAUCAAUAACUGCUGUGGACUUAAUGAGUCCCCUGAGAGAAUAUGCGAGCUACUCACAAAGAUGUGCUACGCUGCUAAGCCUUCAUCGAAAGAUAAGAACUUGAUUGACGUUUUCAUUCCCCCGACACGUGCAGAUGUUCUCCACCAGUGCGAUAUCAUGGAAGAUGUUGCUAUUGCAUACGGAUUCAACAAUCUGCCCAGAUCAUCCCCCAACAAAUCCUCAACCAUCGCGCAGCCAGUGAUGAUAAACAGACUGGGAGAUAUUGUUCGCAUGGAGUCAGCAAUGGCCGGUUGGACAGAGGUCAUGCCAUUGAUCCUCUGCUCUCAUGACGAGAACUUCGGCUGGCUGAACCGCAAGGACGAUGGUGAGACUGCAGUGAAGUUGGCAAACCCCAAGACAGCGGAAUACCAAGUCGUGCGAACGUCGUUAUUACCUGGGUUGUUGAAGACGAUCAGAGAGAACAAAAAGCACAGCGUCCCUAUCAAAGUCUUUGAAGUCUCCGACGUAGCUUUCAAGGAUAUGACCCUGGAGCGAAAGAGCAGGAACGAGAGGCAUUUCGCGGCUGCUUGGUACGGCAAGACCAGCGGAUUUGAAAACGUCCAUGGCUUGUUGGACCGAGUCCUGUUGAUGCUGAAGACAGCCUUCUUGACCCACGAGGAGGGACUCGAAGGGAAAGACCUCAACUACGAGGUCCGGGAGGAGCCUACGAAGCCCGAUGGGUACUGGAUUGAGGAGAUCAACGAGCCGACCUUCUUGGAAGGACAUGCUGCUGCGAUAUUCUUGCGUCUGAACGGAAAACAAGUGCGGAUUGGCGAGUUCGGCAUUUUGCAUCCUACUGUCCUAGACAAGUUUGAGUUGAGAUAUCCUGUCAGCACAUUAGAGAUCAACCUCGAAGUCUUCUUAUGA